AACUCAGAGCGAGGAGUGGAUCGUCGCUCGUUGUUAUUGUGUGAUUGCGUCACUACCGCGUCGCCAGUGUUUGUUAUGUGGACGGAAAGAGACAAUGGUAACGAUGCAAUUGCGUGUAAUGGACCAGGGACGGCGAACCCCGUGGUCCUCAUGGACGAUCGCAUCCUCGCCGCCGCCAGCUCAAGCAUGGCCGCUUCAACACCCCAAGUUUCCAACCUAAACGUCAACAAGUCAUCCAGGGUGCAUAUCGGCCCAAAGUUUGUCUCCGUAACGCAAAAUGUUCAAAAUGCGGAAAUGAUCAAAGAGCUCUCUCUUCCCAAAUACCUCUGGGACGUGGUGAAGAACAGUUCACGAACAGAAAGGUUGUCUUGCGCAGCAGCACUCAUGGUUCUAAUCACGUGUAUUACUCUCAUAAUCUACUUUACCGUGCAGACGACGAAGUCUGCCGAUCUCUUUGUUGAUAAACCACCCCACGAAUGGCGUAUCACCAGAGAGAUGUGGCUAGCCCAGCCGUACAACAACUCUCUCAUUGUGGAUAGUUUCAAUCCGCUGAUGCUGGUUGUAGUGCAGCACACCGUCAGCUCGCCUUGCAGCAAAUUCGUGAUAUGUGCGGCCCAGCUACGUAACAUGCAGCACUACUUUAUCGGCACCUACAAUUAUGAUAUACCGUACAAUUUCUUGAUUGGUAAUGACGGACGAGUAUAUGAAGGCCGCGGAUGGAACAUUGAAGGCGCACAUACAUUUGGCUACAACCGUUGCUCCGUUGGGAUCGGAUUUAUAGGUGACUAUCGCGAAGAAAUGCCGAACCACUCCCGUGUAACGGAAGCACAAAUGAACAGGACUCUGAUGCUACUGGCCGAGGGUGUGCAAUCCGGUUACCUCCGCGACGACUUCCUGGUCGUUGGCGCCAAGGACCUCAGAGACACGGCGAGCCCUGGCUCCAUACUCUACAACGCUAUACGAAAGUUGCCCAAUUAUGACCGCAAAAAUCGUUUCUCCAAUCUGACGUGCGAACAGAUGCGCGAUGCAUUCGGCAACUCAUCGUUGAUAAAUUAAGCCUCAAGCAUUUGUAGUGAGAAAUCGAACUUCAAUUUAUUGAAAAGUUUUGUGCCAUUGCAAUAUCACAAUGUGUUUAAACACUGGGUUUUUAUACUAAAUUAUAGAUUAUAUAUGUUUUUGUAUAAUUUUUGAAUAAACUUUGUAGAAAAUGUUGGGAUUUAUUAAAUAGGCGUAAUUAUAUUGACGUAAUAUAGUGAGUGAACAAUAAAAGUGUUGUACGUGGUAUAAUCACAAUCUUUAUUAGUAUAUAUAAUAUAUAUGUUUAGUGUACUUUAUUGCAUGACUUGUAGAGCUAUAAUUAUGACACGACAUGCAUUACAACGCGGGUCCUCUUGCUUAAAAACCAUUGCGUCAUUUAACAUAAUGUAGUUCUGAAGCUGAUAUAUUAGAUAACCUAACCAUUUAGAAAAUUUUCAGUACGUAUAUAAGGUACAAAUAAACACGAAUCAUGAUAAAAAAUAUGUUAUGAUCGCGAUCGUAAAAAUUGUACUGAGUUAAUUUAAUCACAAGUAUCAAGUUGUAUACAGUUUAUAAACAUUUGGCAUUGAUAAUAAUCAUAUAUUCUAAAGUAAUAGAAAAAAAAGUAAACAUUUGAUUUUUAAAUUUGUAAUUCAGAAAGGCUCAAUCAUUUUCACAUUACCAUUUUGGUAUUUAACUAUAAUUCAGAGGUUCUUUUAGGCACUGUAAUAAUAUGUAAGGAAGUGGCUCGCCAAAUUCGUACUUUGUCAAGAAUUGAGUAAACGCACUUAAUAUUAUUUUCAGUUUAGAGUACACGAAUUUUUCAACAAUUAUAUUUAUCGUAAUUUAUGAAGAGACACGUCACACUACGGAAGGCCGACAGCUAUGUUAUGGAUAUACACGAAGACCCACUGUUAUAGGAAAGCGAGUUACACAUAGAACACGAGCAAAACAAUAUCAACCUUAGCGGUGUGACGCUACUAUCAGAUCUACACAAAUGAUUCAAGUUCAUCGGCAUUGCAAUUUCGCAUUUGGAAAUGUGGUUAAUGUAAGACUAGUACAUAAUAAUACCUAAACCCGAACGGAUCCGGGGCUCAAUACACUACAACAUCGAAUAUUAAUUAUCCAUUUCCAUUAUAACUAUUAGUGGUUACACAGGCCUAUAGAUAGAAACGAAUAUUAUAGCAAAUGAUAUAAUAUGCAGCUUACAUUGCGAUUUGUGUACGUUUGUUCAAAAUUCCUAUUUAUUUUCUUUGGAAUUCAUUAUUACAUUCGCCUUUUUACAGUUUUGGCUCUAAUAAGUAUAUCAGGACGCCGUCACGCCAUUUGUUUCGUAAAUUAUUUAUUUGUUUAUUAAUAUUUACGAAAUAUUUGUUAAAUUGGUGCAUCGAAGUUAAUUAAUUAAUUAGCCUCUCAAAAAGUAAUAAACAACUGCCAGAAGUAGAAUUUAAAUCAAGGCACAACUUUAACGAAUAUUUAUUUACGUAAUUUAAAAACAUAGAAAUACCCAUAUUAUAAUAAAAAAACGGGUGUGAUUUAAUAACAUUUCUCACCAAUAAAGCCUAUCAUUUUAAUGCAAAUUCGUUGUUCUACACCGACGAAACAAGCUAUCAUUACAUUAAUUAUUUUUCGACUCGCCCAAGUAAUACAUUGGUUUAUUUGAAAUUACAAUUUCCGUACCUAAAAACAUCGCAUUACAUUGACUGUUAAGUUUAUUGCGUGAACAGUGCGAGUCAAGAAUUUCACAUUCUUAAUAAAUCAAGUGCGAACACAUUUAUAUUGCUUUCAUACACUUCAGUCGAAUCUAUAGAUCUUAUCACAUUAACACAUUAACUUAGUAUAGAAAGUUAUGUCGAUCGAUUGCAAUUUAUUGACGACGCAAUUGUCAUCUAAAGCCUUCUCAUAAUAUUUUGACCAGAGCGUAAAAUUAUAUUAAGAUUCAGGGAAACAUUCGGAUCGAUUUUAAGGGCGGCUGCAGGCAAUGUCACAUUGUGUAUCUAGGCGAACUUAGUACCUACCGCCGACGGUGCAUCGCAAUAAUUAACCUUUCAGUCUUUGGUACAUUCUAGUACAAUUGCAUACUUCAUACAAUAUGCCUAAAUCCAAUUGUUAAGUUCGCUAAAUAUCAUUGGUUAAACGCCGGUUAGAAUUUGGGGACACAUAUCAGAUGAAGGCUUUAAUUAGUUUAACACUAAGACUAGGUGCGCCCUGAGGACAAAUAUUCCAUCAAUUAUUGCACAUGAAAUUUUCAAUUUAAUCACAGCUUAUAUUCCAAAUAAAGAGAUCUAUCAAAAAUUUUAUAACAAACGUAAGAAAACAUUAGCCAAUAAUAUGGAAUAAUUUAUAAACGUAUUUUGUGACCCAUUCCGCGCUACAGAAACAUUCCUAGUCUAUAAUUUGAUUUCAUUUGCUGCAACGUUGGUAUGCUUCAGUAUACAGUAUGCGUUAGGUAACUUAAGACAAAUGUGUUUCUUUGAAUAAUUCAAUAUUUUACAACAAUUUCGGUAGCGCGGGACAGGUCCGAGGCCAACAAGAAGCUUAUCGCGGCGAUAAGCUCGUUCAUCUCGAGGUUCCCUUCGGCAAUAUUAAAUGUACAAUUUAUUCGACAAGAUACAUAAAAAAAAAAUUAGACCUACAUUGCUUAAUAAAUAAUUAAACGAAUCACUUAACCAAAAAAAUAUGUGCAAAACGCGGUAUACUCAAGUCUCACACAAAUCGUUCACAAAUUCAUCUAGAUUCUAGGUCAGUCAGUCGCAUUCUUAACGCUUAAAACGAGCCUUACGGUGUAUCUAAAUAGAACAACAUACAACACAUAUAAAGUAUCGCCGCGAUAAACGUACCCGUCGUGGCCGACAAAUCGAUGAUAUGAUAUAUUAGCAAAAAAACAAAUAACGAUGAAUGUUAAUAAACAAAUUAUACGUCUGAAACGGGAAUAAAUACUUUAUACACUUUACAAGUAUACCUACGUGUCUAUAAUAUGAUAUUUACAAGUUCAUUAUGAAGAAUGACAGGUUGUUAUUGAUGCAGAAUUCGGACGUCGGCUCAAAUCGCCACACCAAAUGAGAUCCUUAACAUAGUAACACUCGAAUUUGUACAUUAACUGUUGUAAAUAAUAAAAAAAAAAUAUAGAAAAAUCAUCUUCAUUUGCUAUGUGUCACCUAACACUGAACUUGGCAAAGCAUAUUUAGCGGGUCGGACGUAAAUCUGGAAUUUUGAACAACGUUUCGUCGCGAAAAAGAACCUCUUUACAAAAAACACGUGACUAAACAAGCAAAAAAAAAAAAA